AAGGUGUGUUGUGAAAGCGAAGACGAAACCAACCAAUAAAUUCAAAGAGCACGAGAAGGUCAGAAGAUUGCGCAGAUGAGAGAGAGAAUAAAAAUCUAACUGGUUACAAUCAAAGCUAAUUUAAGAUGUCAGGUGUGAUGGGAGAGGACAGUCUGGUCCCCAGAGCGCGCAGCAGUCUGCCGGUGGUGUGUACUGGUGGACUGGGGCUUCUUACUCUGCUGUGUGCUUGGCUGCUGGACUCGGACAAGUUCAUGGAGAGAACUGUAGUGAUCGCUUUUUGCAUCACUUUAGAAAUGUUUAUACACAGUAUGUGUUUGUUUGCAGAGGAGUGGCUCUUCCAUUCAAGACAAAGGUAUCAAGGCAGAAUAAAUGAGAUCUUUCAAGCUUGCUUUAGAGGGCGUGUCAUUUUAGGAAUGUGUGCAAUAUCCCUGGGGUUGGGGUGGAGUUUCUCAGAAGAGCAGUGGAGUACCAUGGCCCUCACGUGUGCUAUUUACCUGCUGCUCAAAUGCUUGGGGGUUCUGGGCCCUGCUCCAGUUGAGAUCUCCGAAAUCUGUGAAACGAAGAAGAUGAAUGUGGCACAUGGUUUGGCCUGGUCUUUCUAUAUCGGCUACCUCAAAUUUGUCCUUCCAGAUUUACACAACAAGGUCAGCCGGUAUUCCUCCACCAGGGGCAACCUGAGCUCUCCACGUCUACAUAUCCUUCUACCCCUCAACGCAAAGGUUCCAGCCAAACCUGAAGAGGAGGACACUAAUGUAGUUUUUCAUGAAAACCUUCCAGAACUGGAGCGGGAUACAGCAGGGGUGCGAAAUCGUAGCUACAAGAACAGUGUCUACAAAAUCACCCAGAACAAUGAGGCAUUUAGCUGUGUUCUGGAAUAUGCCACACCACUGCUGACACUGUAUCAGAUGUCCCACGAGAGCAGUGCAGGAUUUGGAGAAAGAGAACGAAAACAGCAGGUCCUGUUGUUCUACAGAACCCUCAGCCAAAUUCUGGAAAAUUCUCUAGAGUGCCGGAACCGUUACCGGCUCGUCCUGCUCAAUGAUGAGCACACAGGUGACCCUCAUUACCUCUCCAGAGAGAUCAUCCAACACCUGAAACAGCAGGAUGGAGAGAUUUACAUGGAUCCCAUCCAAGAGCCACCAAAUGAAGUCCAUCCUGUUCCAGAAGAGGGUCCGGUUGGGAAUUUUAAUGGUGCACUGCGUGCCACUUUCCCAGAAGACCCAGUGAGCAGCAACCCCACCCUCAUGUUCAGCCAACCACAAUCUUUAAGAUCUGAACCAGUGGAGACCACUGACCAUUUUAACCAACCUAAUGCAAGGAGAUGGGAUUGAGUUUCUUAGAAUCAUUUAAUUGACUUUGAUGCAAUAAUAAUAAUUAAUAAUCUGUUAAAUCAGCUGCUCAUAACCACCCUUAUUUUCUCGCUGUUAUAUUUUUUAUAUACAUUAUACAUUAUAUUUCCAUUUCAAUUAAAUUUUAAGCAAUUAUAAUGUUUUUGAUUUGAAUUAAUGAUAAUAACCCUGCCUGAACACAUUUCAAUGACCUCAAAAUGAAUUUGGACACCUGUGCCACAAAUAAAUGUGCACAUGUUUUAAACGCAGCAUCAUUUAUUUACACAUUUUGAUAUUAUAUAGAAGUUUUAUACAAUCAUCAGAGACAAAUAUAUCUUUUUGAAAGAUACAGCCUUAUUAACACCCAAAAAAUACAUAAGACUUUUAUAUAAAGAUAUUCUGAAAAGACUUUUAUUGCUCUUACAAAUAAAAUGUUUUGCCUAUAAAAAAGGUAGCCUUAAAAUGAAUGUCUUCAUAUAUAUAUAUAUAUUCCUGUGUAUGUUUUUUCCUUACCAAAGAACUACUAAUUCUUAAUAAAUGCUGUUGAAAGAUUCCUUGCUUCUUCCAGUGAAACAGCUCUCCUUUGACUGACGGUGUUAUUUUCCAUGUCCUGCGGCUGAGCAGUUACAAUGAAUGAGAGAAACAAGUUUAAACAAGUCAUGCGGAUUGAGGUGAUUCAUAACACUGGAAAUAAUUUAAGACGAAUCACUACACUAUAGUCCAUGACUAACAUGUUUUAAUCUACCAUUUAUCCACUGAUCAAAUAUCUUAUUCAGUUGAUAUAGCUGUUUUGAAAUGAUCAUUUAUAGUGUUUAUUCUGAAGCUGUGUAAUUUAGCUGAGCAUUUAUUUUUUGUUUUUUAUGAAGUAAUAAACUAGUCUAUCAGGUUUGUGAAGCUGGGCUGAUGCAAUUUGGCUGAUGGAUUGAUAUUUAUCUGACACUGAUAGAUGAAA